GGUCGGCUGGGCAGCCUGGUCCGGAGCGGGGAAAUGGAGCGGUGGCAGGAGGUGGUGCAGUACCUAGGGCUGCCCAACCCCCACCACACCCAGGCGCCGCACACGCCCAUGGCCGCCCACAGUGCCUCGCCCACCCACGCUCAUGGGCACGGACCCCCUCUCCACCACCCGCACGCCCUCUAUCCUCCCCACGACGCCUCCACCGCCACGCCCGCGGCGCCCGUGCCCAGGGGCGUCCUCCUCAACAACGCCACGUUACCGCCGCCCAUGUCAGACCCCAUGAGCCACAACAUCACAUACACCAACAGUAUGGGAGCUUCGAGCCACUUGGUGACUACCAGUAUGAACCUGACUAACAAUUCAGACCUUGCUGGCAGUGACCAAAACCAGUACAAGAUGGAGGCCAACACCUCACUGCCCUCCGAAAUGAUGUAUUACCAGAAUACAAGUACGGAGAUGAAUCAGACGACUGAUGGUCUCUUGUCCUCCAUCCUCAAUGAUGAAGCUUUGGGCUUGAUGGAAAUGGCCAUGAAUGACUCCGGUUGCGUGCUGCCUCAGCUUGGUGGUGAGGAAGGUGUGGACGCCUCCAGUGACUCAGCAGUAUCCUCCCUCAGUCCUGAUGAAACCUGGGGCACAGUGGACCACACUACACGACCCCAAGACAAUGGCAGUCGAAACCAGAGUGGAGACUACAGUGCAGGAAGCUAUCGCUAUGGACCUGAGGAUCCUCACAGAAUGCCACCAGUACCAUUGAAAAAGCAACACAUGUUUGGCAGAGACAAGAGAUACUUUCAUGAUAACCUACAAGGAGCAACUGGUGGCAUGGGAGGUGGCAGCAGUGCAGGUGUUGGAGAUGUUGGAGGCUAUGGAGGCCAUUACCCUCCACCUGGCAUCCAAACCAUGGAGGGAGCCACUGCCUUGGAUCCUGCCGAGAUGAAGUAUUCUUGCACAAUGGACUUCCGUUCCCAAGGAGAGGUGUCAGGGUCAGGAGUGGAACAUGUUCAGCACAACCACACAUACCACAUGUCCCCUGAGGGGCCAUCGGGUAUGUCACGCCCAACAUCAAGAGACAAACAAAAAAAUCGGAAGAAUGAGCAUGACCGGGCACUCACAAGAGAUGAGAAGCGAGCCAGAGCGAUGAACCUGCCAAUCUCCUGUGAGGACAUCAUCAACCUCCCCAUGGAUGAGUUCAAUGAGCGGAUCUCCAAAUACGACCUAACUGAGGCACAGCUUUCUCUUAUCCGAGACAUCCGACGGCGUGGCAAGAACAAGGUUGCUGCUCAAAAUUGUCGUAAACGGAAGCUGGAUCAAAUCCUUCACUUAGCAGAUGAAGUGAAAGCCAUUCAGAAUCGCAAAAAUGAGCUGUACAAUGAGUAUGAAUACUUGAGCUCAGAACGAACCCGUAUUAAACACAAGUUCUCACUAUUGUACCGACACAUAUUCCAGAGUCUGCGUGAUCCUGAUGGCAAUCCAUACUCUCCACAUGAAUAUUCACUGCAGCAGUCUGCUGACGGGAGUAUCUUGUUGGUCCCUCGCUCCUCCACUGCUCAAGGCAUGGACCCAAGCUCCAGUAACAAACCAAGAGGGAAGGAUGACCCCAAGCAGUGAGCAAGCCAACCAACCCUGCCAUACUGCCUCAUCAUCUAGACAAAGAUUCACUUUUAAUGGCAUGAAAACAAAUCUGAAAUCUCCAUCACUGUUAUACGUUAGAAAGACUUGGCUUGGCUUCAUACAGUGCACUUCUGCCAGAUGUGCUGCAGUGCUGCUAAACAUUGCUGUGCUCAUCAGAAUUGUUGAUAAAACUAGUUCAUGGUGCUGAUGUCUUUGUUCAGUGGCACUGAAUGUUUUGUUAUUGUUGUUCUAUCCAUCACAUACCACAUAAAUUUGGUUUCUUGUUGUUUCUUAAAGCUGAGUCAUAGUACAUAUAUGAUAGAUGAAAUGCAGUGUAAAUGGGUUGUUUCACAAUAGUGAAUUAUGGCUGCUAAUUUAACAUUUUAUCCAUGAAAAUGAAGCGGGCCUCAGUUAAUCAAGUUUUAGCUGCAUUUUGCUCACUGCUCGUUUACCUGGGUCUGCAAAACUGAAAGAGACAUUGAUUAAACUUGCUUAUGGUAGCAAUGUUUUUAGUUUAAAAGGCUGUGAUGAUAACUCGAGUAAAUCGCAUACAAACAGAACACUUAUGGGUGUUUGUGUAAGUGAAUGGAUAUUUUAUGUACAUGUUUAUAUAUAUAUGGUAUAUAUAUAUGUGUAUGUAAAUAUAUAUGUAUAUAGAUAGAUAAAUAUACAUGUCCACACACACACACAAGCACUAAUUUUUAGGAUCAACAUGUCUGUGUGCACAUCUUGUACAUGUGUGCACAUCUCUCUCUCACACACACGCACACAUGCUCAAACACAAACACAUACACGUACAAACACACACACACACACACACACACACACACACACACACACACACACACACACACACACACACACACACACACACACACACACACACAAAAUUACAUACACAUUCACUCAUUCACUCACCCACUCACACUCCACAAGAUCUCGUUUUGGUAUUAAAAUACAGGUAUUUUGAAUUUUUUGUUUUGUCACAGCUCAAGAUAUUUUAGAGCAAAAAAAAAAAGUUCCAUUGAAAUUCUUCCUUUACUUGCUUUUACAUUGAAACUGAAAGAAUGUCAUAUCCUUGCUACCCGGCAAUUGGAAUCACAGUGUCAGGUCCCCCAUGUUGAGGUGGACGUAAUGUGUUUGCCUCUGUUUAACUUGCCUUGUUGGUUGGUUACCAUAUACAGAAUAUAUAUAUGGUUUCAUGAAUAGUUCCACUUGAUUGUAAGGAUGGAAAGAAAUAUGUAAACUAAAUUAACAAUUAAUUUUGUUGAAUCUGAUACAUAUUUUUUAUUACCUUAAAGGAUAGUUCUUUAUAAAUUGUGAAUUCUGUGUUGGAGAGAUUGGCACUGAUGCCCAAGUGUACUGUAUAUUAGUAAAAAUGCAUGUGAGGUUUGUUUGUACUAUGUUGUUGUAAAAAUGAUUAUUUAAAAAGGCAGAAUGUUUUAUAGAUGGCAUCUGACACACACUGUUUUUGUGCAAACAGUUUGCUGUACACUAAACUCGAAAUCGUUAUAUCCUAUUGGUUGAGUACAACACAGACAAAGUACAUUUGAUGUUAAUAUCAUAAAUCUUUGAUAUUAGUUUGAAGGCCAGAGGUAUACAGAAUCUAGAAUGGUUCAUUAUCAUUUCCUUACUACCUUAGGAGAUCUAAGGAAUGCACAGUUUUAAGGGAUUAUUUUUUUUUCCUUUUUAGGUAUAUUGUCUUUUGACUACAUUGUAAAUGUAGUUACCAAUUAGUUGGAAGAAUAACAUUUAAUUUGUCAAGGGAAAACAUUAAAAUGUGAUAUUUUUGAGUUCUUGUAGCUCUUUCUUCAUCCCAGUCUUGUGAUUUUAGGAUACCUCCCUAAAAAUAGAAAUAUCCCAGAACAGGAUAUGGUUGAAUCAUUACAAAUUAUUUUUAUUCAGAAAUACAAAGCAGUUUGUAAGUAGCAUUUAUGGAUUUUGUCUUGUGAUCAUCUAGUGUCUGCUUAGCUCUUCAGACACCUGGAAAGGAUGCAGUCACAUUUGUGUAAUUUUCAUCAAAAGUGAUUAUUAUGACCAUAGUGAUACUUUUCAAACAGAGCUUUUGAAGAUAUUGAUGUCAAGAUAUCUUCUUUACUUUUUGGCAGGGACAGAUCCUCAUUGUUGUAGGGUGGGAACGGGUGCUCUGUACACAUGCUAAUAUUAUUUUGAUAAUAAGAAAACUUCAGUUUAGGGAUGUAUUAUUCUUCUUAUUGUACAGAAGACAUAUAAUAGUUUUUUUUCUGUUUUGUAGAUUUGGAAUUUAAGUAAAAAUCUAAGUGGUCAAGGAGAAGAACCUAAAUCAUCUGGGUACACCCAGUCCCUAGCUUAUUAAUUUUGUACUAAAGUAUGUUAGUAUUUUAAUUGGUAUACUAGCACCAUCAGCUAAUCACAUCCCAGUGAAUAAUCUUACUUGAACUGCUCAGAUAUUUCUCACAUAUUGUUAUAUUUUAUUUCAGAUUUGUGUAACAUUGAAUUUUUAUCAGCUGUACAUAAUUCUAACUAACCAUCAUGAAAUAUUCCUAAUAUAUAAAUGUGGUAGAUACCACAUCACCUAUUGCCUUCUAUAGUUUCCUAUACACUGUGGGCAUGGAACUGAAAAUUGUUCACUCAUCAAGGUGUAUGAGGCUGGCUGGAGGGUUGGCCCAGAACCAAAAACACGUGCUCAUAACUUUUUUGUGUAAGUUUUACGUGUAAUUUUUGACAUUUGUUAAUGUAGAAUUUAAGAAGCUUCUUCAUGUUUUUAUAAUAAAAAUUAUCUGUUGUGUAACAUGAAACCCUCCAGGCAAGUCACACCAUCUGUAGAAUAGAGGAAGUGGAGGGUUUUUCAGUUAUUGCUUUAGUGUAAGGUUGGUGGAGAUGACCACAUGUGUAAACUACUGCUAAUGUUCAUGGUGGUAAAAAAAAAAAACUCCACUGAUUUGACUCUGGCCAUUGUUUGUGGUGGUAGUGAGGCACUAACUUGACUCUAGCAACAGUGAACGUAUGAUAACAUUAUCAAUCUUAAAUUCAUGGAAUACUGUUAUGUAUCGAGUCAUUUCAUUUUAACUUGCUCCAUUGUUUCUGCUGAAGGAUCAUCAUUAGUAAUGUUAGUAAUUUCAGUUUUUCAUUUUGUUUUAAGUAUUGUCCUAUGUUAUUUGAUUCAGAUAAGAUGAAUCUAUUAGGAUUCAUUUCUUAUUGCACUAUUAUUCAGGUCAAAAUAUAACAGGUGCUGAUAUUCACUUGUAUGGACAUCUUUCUCAUCUCAUACAAAAGUUUAAAAAAUAUUAUAUUCCUCAUUUCUUGACCGACUUCUUUGACCUUGUUUCUUGUCAACACUUCUAGAAUGUCAGACCUCAGAUCUUCUCAAAAGUCUAUUUUCUGCUCUGUGAUGACUUUCUGUACAAAGCUGCACCUGAUUUACAGGUUUGGAAGGUUCAUGUCUCAGUGGCUGGACCCUUCCUCAACUACUGAAUGUAAAUAUUGUUUUGCCUCUGCAAUGGAUUCAAAAUUUGUCUUAUCUGACGAAUUGUGAUUGCUGUUGGUAAAGACCUAACAUAAAAAAAAAUUGCUAGAGCUUGUAUUUUUAUGUACAAUAUGGAAAGUGUUUUUAAUAAAAACGUAAGUAGACA